AUGAUCGACUCCGAGAAGUCUAAUCGGGAUUUGGGUUACGACUCGAGUAGUGAUGUCGACCCCACUCCCGAAGAGGAGUCCCAAACCGCGGGUCAACCCAAGGGUUCCCUAACUCCAGAUGAACUCACGGCGCAGGGAAUGCUGUUAUAUAUCGCCGGUUACGACACUACCAGUGCUACCAUAGCUCACGCGAUAUAUUACUUGUCGCAACACGUGGACUGUCAGACCCGGCUGUUUGAGGAGCUGAAAACUUGUAAUGGAUUUACGUACGAUAACCUUGUUCACUUGAAAUACUUAAAUGCUGUGAUUAAUGAGACACUACGACUCGCACCACCCCUUACCCGUGGAAACAGGGAGUGCCGACAGGACUACAAAUUGGGAAAUACAGGUAUUACAAUACCAAAGGGCACUACAGUCGAGAUAUUUAUCUACGCCCUACACCGGGACCCGGACUUCUGGCCCAACCCUCACGACUUCAUACCCGACCGUUUCGUUGAGCCCACACACCAUCCCUACGCAUACCUGCCCUUUGGUGCCGGUCCUCGGGUUUGUAUCGGUCAGAGGUUUGCCAUGAAUGAGAUGCGAAUGUGCCUGGCUAAGUUAUUGCACAAAUAUGAGUUCACCCUGGCACAACCACCUGUGUUGGAUUAUUUUAGGGGCAGUCCGCUAAUGUCACCUAAGAAUCUGAUUGGAUUGCCGUAUUAUAAGGACAUCAAUGAUAUCUCAUAUAAAGAGGCCGACGAUAUACUAGACCAGAGCCAUAGAAAAUGUCAUUCUUUUGGAAAAACUCCCUAUUAA